AUGGCAUCGAUACGCACCGAAACCGAGCUAAAGCGGGUGCUGGAGGCGCUCUCCUCACUAUCCGAACGCAAGUCGGACAGCUCUACUCGAGUCGAGGCAAUGGAGCUUCUCACCCUCUCCAUGCCGUACUUCUCCGCGCUCAAACGCAUCAACCGCCAGAUCCACAGGGACGUCCAAUCACAAAAGACACGCAUUGGCGACGAACGAGCGAAAGUCGAUACGGCACGACUGGCACUGCAGAACCUCAAAUACGAACAGGCGAUGCUCGAGCUCGAGGUGAAGAUCUGCCAAGAGUUCCAGUCCAUCUUUCAGGACAUCCAACUUCACCCUCUGGAAGAGUUCCGCGCGAUUCAUCCCGACGCGGAAGAGGAUGAACAUGCGCUGAUGCUGGCGAGACUCAAGUUCGAGUUGCAGGAGAGGAGACGGCUCGAGGCGGAAAAGCAGGAGUUGCAGAUCGACAGGUCCGGCGUGGCAAAGGAGAACAACGACAAGAAGGUCAAGCUCGAACAGGCAGAGAAGGAGCUCAAGGAUCUUCUGGCUGCUGCUCAUGCAGUCAAGGACAAGUUCGAAAGCUUUUAG